CCCACGCGCCAUAUGAUCAUCAACUGCUUGCUUUCAAGGCAUACGUACUGCAAAUCAAGUUACCAGCUCCCAAUCAACUAGCUAGUCAUCAGCAACAUUUGGUGAAAAGGAAGAAAGAUCGCACUCGAUCAUGGUGGUGCCGUCGGUGUUCGCGGCCUUCGACGAGGAUGGCGACGGCAAGGUGUCCGUGUCCGAGCUGCGGCGCUGCGUGGAGGCGACGCUGGGCGAGGACGUGUCCGAGGAGGAGGCUGCGUCGGUCCUUGCGGCGGCGGACGCCGACGGCGACGGGCUGCUAAACCAAGAAGAGUUCUCAAGGCUGGCAGCCGGCGGUGCCCAGGAAGAGGACGAUGCCGACGUGAAGCGAAGGUGCCUGAGGGAGGCGUUCGGGAUGUACGCGUCGUCGUCUGCGGAAGACACGGCGACGAUGAUUACGCCGGCGAGCCUGAGGCGGACGCUGAGCAGGCUGGGGUCGCACGAGCUGGGCGUGGAGGAGUGCCGGGCGAUGAUCUGUAGGUUCGACCUCGACGGCGACGGCAAGCUCUCGUUCGACGAGUUCAGGGUCAUGAUGAUGACCUGAUGAUCGAUCUCUCUUCUUGGCAUUCUUCUGGAUACAUGUAGUGUUCACUUAAUUCAUUGAUCGAUCACAUAUGUGAUAUGUGAUAUGUAUGUAGAGU